CAGGCCAACUAGCGGAAAGCUGAGUUGCGACAUCUGCGGACUGGCCUGCGUCAGCAUUAAUGUUCUGAUGGUUCACAAACGAAGCCACACUGGCGAGCGCCCCUUCCAGUGCAACCAGUGUGGAGCCUCAUUUACCCAAAAGGGCAAUCUCCUCCGCCAUGUUAAGCUUCACACUGGGGAGAAGCCAUUCAAAUGCCAUCUGUGCAGUUAUGCCUGCCAAAGGAGAGAUGCCCUCACUGGUCACUUGAGGACCCAUUCUGUGGAGAAACCAUUCAAGUGUGAAUUCUGUGGACGGAGUUAUAAGCAAAGGAGCUCACUGGAAGAACAUAAAGAGAGAUGCCGGACCUAUCUGCAGAACGUCGGUCUCAAUGAACCUAAAGGCGUGGAAGGAAGGCACGGCAAAAUCGAGAUGGGCACUGAGCGGGCCCUGGUGCUGGAUCGCUUAGCGAGCAACGUGGCCAAACGUGAAAAACGGCCCAGCUUUGAGAUGAAUUACAGCCCCAGCUUCAUGUACGAGAAGGAGAGGGACCCUGUGCUGCAAGGAUGCAUGGUGGAUCAAGCCAUCGGCUACCUCAGUGCAGAUGCACUGCGCCCUCUCGUGCAGACUCCAACGGCCCCAACCUCCGAGAUGGUGCCUGUGAUCAGCAGCCUGUACCCCCUUGCGCUCACCCGCAACGAAGUGCCCAACGGCAGCCCACAGGACGUGGAGAAGGGCCACGCCCAGCUGAGGGACAAGACCGUACCUUCCGAAAGGGAUCUCUCUCCAAACAACAGUGGCCAAGAUUCCACAGACUCGGACAGCAACCAAGAAGAACACCAGAGCCAUGCCUAUCACCCAGGCCAGCCUGGUCCUCCUCCUACCCUGCAGAGUCAUAACGGUCUUCUGUCCUUCAAGGAGCAUGUGAGGGUAUAUGACCUCUUCAGGCCACCUCCGGUCUGUCCCCGCGAUGUCUUGAAGGUCUUCAACAAGGAAGGCGAACCCAUUGGGGUCUAUCGAUGUGACCACUGCCGAGUCCUCUUCUUGGAUUAUGUGAUGUUCACCAUCCACAUGGGGUGCCACGGCUUCCGUGACCCUUUCGAGUGUAAUGUGUGUGGCCACAGAAGCCACAACAAAUACGAGUUCUCCUCCCACAUAGUCCGUGGCGAGCACAGAAUCGGACUCAGAUGA